AUGGCACCAAUUGAUAAUCCACUCUUUCCUCGUAAUAAUACUAAUCCUCGAAUUCUUUCACAAUCACAAUCUAAAUCAAUACCUUCAGAAGACCCAAAAGAUUGUACUUUUUGUAAAAUUAUAUCAGGACAAUUAUCAUGUGUGAAAGUAUUUGAAAAUGAAGAAGUAUUAGCUUUUCUAGCUCCUAUUUCUAAAGGUCACACUUUAGUCGUGCCAAAAACUCAUAUCCCUCGAUUAACUUUAGCCCCUCCUUCGAUAAUGUCUUCUUUAGGCUCUGUAUUACCCCGAAUCUCAAAUGCCGUAAUUCAAGGUGUUGGCGCUAAAGAUUUUAAUUUACUUCAAAAUAAUGGAUCUAUUGCAGGUCAAGUAGUUUUUCAUUUACAUUUUCAUAUUAUACCAAGAUUUAAAAAUGAUGAACGAUGGGGUGAUAGAGAUGUAGGACGAUUACGAAUAAGUAAAGAUGCAAGUGAAAAUAUUGGUAAAGAAAUAAGAGCAAAGUUAUAA